AUGAUAUCGUAUUCAAAGAAAAAUAAAUGUUAUAAAUAUAUACUAUGUGUCAUAGACUGUUUUACGAAAUAUGCAUGGGCUAUACCUCUGAAAUCCAAAACGGCUAAAGAAGUGACUCAUGCCAUGUCUACAAUAUUAAUUAAUCGCUCACCGCAGUUAUUACAACUAGAUAAUGGAAAAGAGUUUUAUAAUUCAACGUUUGAUACGUUAAUGAAAAAAUAUAAUGUUAAAAAAUAUUCUACGUUUAGUACCACGAAAGCCUGUAUUGUCGAACGCUUCAAUCGUACUUUGAAAGAAAAAAUGUUUAGGGAGUUUACUGCAAGAGGAAAUCAUAACUGGUUGUCUAUUUUAUCCUCAUUAAUUAACGAAUAUAAUAAUUCAAAGCAUAGAACAAUUGGGAUGAUACCAUUAGAAGCGGAUAAUAAUCCCGGAAAAGUCAAAAUAAAACGCGGUAAUAUACCUACUAAAAUAAAUAAAUUCAAAGUAGGCGAUAGCGUACGAGUAAGUACACAGAAAGGUGUGUUCACAAAAGGAUAUCUACCCAACUGGUCAACAGAGAUUUUCACUAUUGUAAAAAUAAAUAAAACGACGCCUACAACGUAUAUGUUAAACGACUAUACAGGGGGAUCGAUCGCCGGAUGUUUUUAUAGCGAAGAGUUGAAUAAAACAGAUUUUCCGAAUGAUUAUUUAGUUGAAAAAGUGAUCCGAACCAAAGAACAAAAAAUUUUUGUAAAGUGGCUCGGAUUCGAUGAAAGUCAUAAUAGUUGGAUAAAUAAGAAUGAUGUUAAGGAAUAA